UCAUAGUCGUAGCAUUCGCGAUUCAGUGCAAGCCUCAGCUUCAAGUUUGUCUUUGCAAUAUUACUUCUUGCGUAUGCUAUUACGUUUAUUUUUGGAGCAUUCAUACGAUGCUUUGCAGAUCACAUCGUUACUCUCGCAGACCGAGGACUCGAUUUUUCAAUACAUCCUAACCCCGCCCUUGCUUGGUCUUAUCGAAGUCCACUACGGUGACAUUGCUAGCUAUGGACGAGAGUGAACACGCUCAGACAAAAGAUAAUGGAUCCCUUUCGCCAGUAUCUACGAUCUCGGACCUUGGCCUCGAUUUGAGCAGCCUACCACCAGUCGCCAUCUUAUCUGCUCAUUUGAAGGACGAUGAAGAGAAGCACUUGAAAGAAACGCUACGCCAAUUUCAUGCACCGCUCACCGCUGAUGUCUCGCGUGCUAGAAUUUUCAUUGGAAAGGUGGGAACUAAAAAAAGGGCAGAAUUUGAACUUAGGUCUCGCAAGUUUACAGUUGAAGAAUAUGUCACACCAAAACGAUCUGUUGGUCCCACCAAGAGCAGUGGUCACGCGAGGAAGAAGCGAAAAGUGUCUGGAGGGCAGCUGUCACUAGACGGAAUGAAUGAAAACGACUCUACCACUGAAGAUGAAUCCUUCCAUGGGGGGCCUGAUGAGGACCGUGAGGCGCCUGACGAGGAGACCGAAGGUCUCGGACUAGAUUCGGCAUCCGCUCAAGUUGUGUCUCUGUUCGAGCAGUCUCUGAAAGAAGACUUGGUCUGGGUAAUCCGACUGGACUGGCUAGACGAGUGCGUGCAGACCGGGCACCUGCAACCCCUAAGAGACAAGCUGGUGUACACCGGUCGGGUACGCGACAGUCCUAGCUCGGCAAACCCGAGACCUAGGAUCCCACUUCCCUCGCAUAAGCCAGACGUUACUCCCGUAGCUCAAAUUCAUGUAGCAAUUCAUCCACAGGGCGAGGGUGACAUCUUGGAAAGAGCCAAGGCAGAUGCAGCCACAUAUCCACCAAAGCCACAAUACCAAGCCCAUCGAACGGGGCCUAGCCAUGGCUCCCGAAGGUUCGAGGGGAAAAGCUAUGCGCCUACAUUGGAGCUCAAGACAUCGAAAUCUGCUGCAACCACUGCACAUCUGCUUCAGCAAACCACAAGUGAGUACGAAGGCGAUGAUAGUGACAUACCCCAGCCUCCAAAAUGGGUCGUGAAAGGUGUCAAAUACGCAUGUCAGCGCUUUACACCUGCCGAUGGCCCCAACGAGGACUUCCUUGAGCAGCUAAAGAAGAUACGGACGGCAAGAACCCUCAUCGACGACGAGAUUGGCGUACGCGCAUACUCAACAAUCAUCGCGUCCAUUGCAGCAUACCCGCACCGACUCAGUCUCCCCCGCGAGCUAGCACGGCUGCCGGGAUGCGACGAGAAAACUGCGAUGCUAUUUGUAGAGUGGAAGAACACGGGGAAAAUCAAAGCCGUAGAGGACUAUGAGAAUGACGAGGUGAUGAGAGUGUUGCGAUCGUUCUACGAUAUCUGGGGCGUCGGCGCGAAAACUGCCCGCAAUUUCUAUUAUAAAAACAGCUGGAACGAGCUGGAUGAUAUCAUAGAGUUUGGGUGGAACGAUUUGGACCGUGUGCAACAGAUCGGCAUCAAGUACUACGACGAAUUUCUCGACCCAAUUCCUCGCACCGAGGUAGAGGAAAUCGCAGAAAUCGUGCAUCAACACGCUGUAAAGCUACGAGAUGACCGCAUCACGGUGACCAUCGUCGGCGGCUAUCGACGCGGCAAACAGGCUUCCGGCGAUGUAGACAUGAUCGUCUCCCACCCAGACCUCGACGCCACUGCUGGCCUAAUCCGAGAGAUUGUAGAUUCUCUCGAGACCGACGAGUGGAUCACCCACACUCUGAUCAUGAGUCUGGCCAACACCGACAGAGGCCAACAGGCUCUCCCUUUCCGCUCUACAAAAGCCCGUGGCGCUGGCUUUGAUACGCUUGACAAAGCGCUUGUCGUAUGGCAAGACCCGGUCUGGGCGACUCGCGAGCAGGACUUGGAGGCAAAUUCAAAUGCGAAGAAUCCGAAUGUACACCGCAGGGUAGACAUCAUCGUUGCCCCAUGGCGAACCGUCGGCUGCGCAGUUAUGGGCUGGAGCGGCGGCACAACUUUCCAGCGCGAUCUCAGGCGGUACGCGAAGGCCGCUAAGGGCUGGAAGUUCGAUAGUAGCGGCGUUCGCAGUCGUAGUAACGGCGAAGUGGUGUCGCUGGAGGGUGAGAAUGGGGUUGACGGAACGCCAGAAGAUGCUGAGAAGAAGGUGUUUGAGGGCUUGGGGCUGGAGUACAUACCGCCUGAGUAUAGGGUGACGUACUGAUAGACAAACAUGUGAAUGGGCUGCCAACGGCCUGCAAACACUGUCCACUAGGAGUCCUACAUCUGCAAUGGACGUCCACACUGGACCUCCCAAAUACCUCUGCUCACUCCUUGCCCUAACUCAAGACAAGCAAAGACUUCUACAAAUACGAUGUCCAACCCACCACGCUCGCCUCUCCACCCCACAACCCAACUCGCCAUCUCCGCAACCAACGUCCCUUUCCACUUCCUCAACCGUCUAUUCUCCCCCACCACACGCUUCAUCCUAUCUACGUGCACCCUCAUCCACCGCCUCACCAAGCAAAACUACAUCUUCCUCUGCAUCUUCCUCCUGCACCUAUGGGACCUCUUCAAAGCCUCCCCACCAAUCCGCCCCCUCGCGCAGCACUGGAAACGCAUCGCAACCGGUCUCCUC